AUGUCGCGCAACAACGCUCAAAGAUGGAGCGAACGUCAGGCUCCUUAUAUUCCCUCUCUGAAAUGCAAAGCCCAAGAGGAGUCCUACGACUUCGUCAUCGCCGGCGGGGGCAUCGCGGGUCUCACGCUCGCGGACCGACUGACGGAGAACCCAGCCAUCAAGGUGCUGGUGAUUGAGGCCGGUCCGUUUGAUGGCGGCGCUGGCAUUGAUGUGCCCGGCGAGUGGGAUCCGACGCCGUACUUGUGGCCCGGUCUGACGACGGAGCCGCUGACCGCGCUGAAUAAUCGGAGCGAGAAUGUGGUUUGUGGGAGGGUGGUGGGUGGAGGGAGUACGGCGAAUGCGAUGAAUUGGUUGAGAGGCCAUAGUGCGGACUUUGAUGCGUUUGAGGCGUUGGGUAAUCCGGGCUGGAACUGGGAGAGCAUCCUGGAGUAUUCAAAGAAGAGCGAGAACUUCACGGCCCCUGAUGCCGACUUCGCCGCAGCCAACGGCAUCCACUUUGACCUAUCGGCCCGCGGCACCGAGGGGCCGGUUCAGACCUCGUUUGCCAACUACUACUACCCCGGGAACACCAACUUCCGCGACGCCGCGGCCUCAGUCGGCAUCCCCGUUGUCGACGAUCCCAAUGACGGGACCUUCAACUCGGGCGUGUAUUGGCUGACGACGGUGCUCGACCAGCAGACGCUCACGCGAUGCUCGGCCCGAGUGGCGCACUACGACCGGGUCAUCGACGGGCGGCCCAACUACCACAUCUUGACCGACACCACCGUGUCCAAGGUGCUCUUCAACGGAACCACGGCGGUAGGCGUUGAGUACCUCCCCAGCGCUGGGGGCAACACGUCGACCGUGUUGGCGUCCAAGGAGGUCAUCGUCGCCGCGGGCGCCCUUCACACGCCGCAGUUGCUGCAGCUGUCUGGCAUUGGCCCCAAGAAGUUGCUGGAGAAUCUCGGUAUCCCCGUGGUCUCGGAUCUCCCAGGCGUGGGCAGCAACCUGCAGGACCAGACCACGUUCAACAUCCCAUACAACUUCACCAACCCCAUCACACCCAACGUCGACUACUUCAUCACCAACACAACCUACAACGCCGAACAACGCGCGCUCUACGACGCCCACCAGCCCAGCGCCUACACCAUGGUACAGCACGUCAACCCACUCUUCGCCGGCGUAUCCCUCCCCGACGCCCUCCCGGCCGCCGACUUCACCGCCCUCCUCGAAUCCGCCCUCGCCCACCCAGCCGCCUCCUCCCUGCCCGCAGACACCGACCCGACCGUGCUCGCGGGCUACAAAGCCCAGCGCGCCGCCAUCUUCCAGCAGUUCAACAACACCAAGCUCGCCGUCAGCAUCCUCAGCUGGGACACCUUCAGCACAGCCUCCGUCUUCCACAUGAAGCCCCUCAGCCGCGGAACGGUGGCCAUCUCCUCGCUCAACCCCCUCGCCCCGCCCACCAUCGACUACCGCUCUGCCACCGACCCGCUCGACAUCGACAUCAACGUCCUCAUGGCGCGCAAGCUGCGCCAGCUGAUGGCCGCGCCGAGCAUGGCGGGGGCCCUGGGGGCCGUGGAACUGGCGCCCUUUGGCGAGGACGUGCAGAGCGAUGCUGAGAUUAUUGCUGUGGCGAGGGAGACCAUGUCGGUGUCGAACGCGCACCAGUGCUGUACUGCACCGAUGCUGCCACGCGAGCUGGGUGGCGUGGUCGAUGCCCAGCGUAAGGUGUACGGUGUGAAGGCCCUGCGGACGGGGGAUGUGAGUUAUCUGCCGUUUUCGUUGUCGGGAGCGCCUACUGCGGCCACGUAUGCUUCGGUGGAAAAGCUUGCCGACAUGAUCAAGGAGGAAUGGGACAUUUGA